UGCACGACCCACCCACGUGUGCGUGGUGGGGGGAGGAGAGGGGGCCUGACAGAAGCUGGACUCGCUUUCCUGGGAGUUAAAUCCCCCACCCCCGAUUUCGGUGGGAUUUUAACUUCUCGGUAGACUUUCCCGACUGAGUUAACUUUGCCCGUCGGAAACAACAGAGGUUUCACACGGGAGGUUUUUAAGCAUCUGUCACGGGUGCUUUAGUUGAGAAUGCGCGCAUUUGCAGGGGGCUGGACUAGAUGACCGUCAGGGUCCCCCCUCCAACUCUACCGUUCUAUGGAUUUCUGAUUGUGUGCGUGAAUGCCCACACAGUUAUCAUUCACCGCCCGUACUUUUCCGCACUACAUUUCCGCCCCGCCUCACUGUUUUACAACCCAACAAGGCUCAAAAACCCACACCUGCAACUCGGGAUGAAACAGCAUGCAUCUGAUGGAGGGCGAUUCCCCCCCCCCAGGGAUGCCUAUAUAAAUUUGUUAAACUUUAAAGGUGCCACGAGGGUCUUCAGUUGGAUAUCGCCUGGGUUGUUCCUGUCUGAGACGUUUCUUUGAGAUCAGAGCAUUCCACCCACAUUUAGAAUGGCAUCGUGGAAUGCAAAUAAAAACAUCCAGAAUUCCACUGGACAAAUUGUGAACCCUGACCUUGAAAUUGAAAGAAAAACGGCCUCCUUCAGUGUCGAACGACUGACCAAUAUACUGGAUGGAGGUGCUGAAAAGACGCAGAUGCGAAGGGCAGUAGAUGCCAUGAUUCAGAGUGAUCCGGUGUUCAGCCUAGAAAACCAGUACUUCAUGAGCCAGAACGAAAGAUACGAAGAUGCUAUCAGGAAGUCCGUUCACCUCUCGAAGAAGGCGGCUGAAAUGGGAUGGGCGACAGAUGGACCUGAACUGGGUUACUGCAGCAGGGCGCUUCAUGCCAACCUGGCGUUCAACGUCCACGUGGUCUUUGUUAAGAGCCUGAUGGGGUUAGCCACAGACGAACAGCUCGCCAAGUGGCUCCCUUUGGCAGAAAAAUUUUACAUCGUAGGGACCUAUGCCCAGACCGAACUGGGUCACGGAACUUACCUUCGGGGAUUGGAGACAACAGCCACCUUUGAUGCUGCUACACAGGAGUUUGUUCUCAACACGCCAAGCAUCUCUGCCAUGAAGUGGUGGCCGGGAGAUUUGGGACGGACGGCGACUCACGCUGUGGUCUUUGCUCAGCUUUACCUGAAAGGAAAGUCGUAUGGCAUGCAUCCCUUCAUGGUGCAGAUCCGCAGCCUCCGAGAUCAUUCUUUGGUACCAGGAGUAACUGCAGGGGAUAUUGGUCCCAAAAUGAGCUUUGAAAAUGUUGACAAUGGCUUUCUCUUGCUGAAGAAUGUUCGGAUUCCAAGGGAAAACAUGCUGGCUAAGUUCUCUCAGGUCCUGCCGGAUGGCCGGUAUAUGAAAAAAGGAUCUGCAAAAAUUAACUACCUUACUAUGAUUGUGGUUCGUGUCCUCAUGCUUCAGAAUGAAAUUGUCCCCAAUCUGAUGAUGGCUUGCACCAUUGCAAUCCGAUAUUCCGCAGUGCGCCGGCAGUCUGAGUUAAAGCCCGGUGACCGGGAGGCGAAGAUUCUUGACUAUCAGACCCAGCAACAGAAACUUCUCCCUCAGCUGGCAACGGCCUAUGCCUUUUACUUUGUUGCAAAAUACCUGCGGGACUUCUUUGACAGGGGCUACAUGGAAACCAAAGAAGGAAAGUUUGACUUGCUCCCUGAGCUUCAUGCUCUUGCUUCAGGAAUUAAAGUCAUCGCUACAGACUACUGCUCGGCCGGAGUCGAGGUUUGUCGGAAGGCCUGUGGGGGGCACGGCUACUCUCUUCUCAGCGGCCUGCCUUCCUUAUACACCAGGCAGGUGGCUGGUUGCACCUAUGAGGGGGAAAACACUGUCCUCCUCCUGCAGACAGCCAGGUUUCUGAUAAAGUGCCUUGGGAUGGCACAAAGUGGCCAGCCCCUUCCUCCAUCAGUUGCUUACCUGACUUCUGAAAGCUUUGGAAAAUGCCAAGCCCAGGAAAAGAGAGACUUCCUCAAUCCUGACAUUUACACGGAAGCUUAUAGGCACAGAGCAUUCAGAGUUGCAAGAAACGCAGCUGUCAAACUCCAGGGUCUUGUUCAGCAGGGAAUGGCACAGCACGACGCUUGGAACAGGUGCUCCGUCCAACUUGCCCAGGCUGCCAUGGCUCACAUCCAAUACAUCGUGGUGGAAAAAUUUGUCAAAGCGUUGGAGACAUUUGGAAAAGAGGUUGCCAUCCAGAGGGUCCUUAAGCAUCUCUGCGACCUCUAUGCCCUGCAUGGGAUUUUCUCUGACUUGGGAGACUUUGUGCAGGAUGGCUACCUUUCUACAAAGCAAACCGACAUGGUGACCGAAUCGUACCUGGAUCUCCUGGCUGUCGUUCGGAAAGAUGCUGUGCCCUUAGUGGAUGCAUUUGAUUUCUCAGACGCAAAUUUAAAUUCAGCCAUUGGCUGCUAUGACGGUCAAGCCUAUCAGAGGCUUUACGAGUGGGCCAAGAAGUCACCAACCAAUCACCAGGACGACCGGAUCUUCAAGACGUAUUUGAAGCCACUUUUCCAGAACGCCCUGUCCAAGCUGUGAAAGGAGGAAAUGAAGCAGAGAAGCAGCUCCUCACCCCCACCCCCGCUGCUCUCAAAGCAACACCGACAUUUAUUGAUUAAUGUAAACCCAUAAAAUGUAGUGGCCGACUGCCUAUUGAGUCUUGUCCAUCAAAACACUCUCUUGAGUUUUCCUGGCAAGCGGAAGGCAGCCAGCGAAUCUGAACAAUUCAGACGCCUUUUAACUUCACCAAAUAAGCCAAGUUUUGUUUUAUUUCGCUGUGCACAGCAGCCCUUGCUGACAAGGUAUGUGCCAGUUUUAGGGCUGGGAUUGGGGAACCUGUGACCCUCCAGAUAUGGCUGAACUACAGCUCUCAUCAUCCUUGACCACUGGCCAUGUUGACCGAAGCUAGGAGCGCCACAAUUCCCUUCCUUGCUUUAGGAUCCGGACCAGGACCAAGGGGGGUAGCAGUUGUACAAAAACCCCUAUAGCAACUUUAUCGAUGGCAGAAUUCCGGUGAUGGCAGAAGGGAUUGCUAUGGCUCUUCUCAGGGCCUGGCCACACCCACCUGUCACUCACUUGAUGUCAUAUGACCUCAGGUAAAGCCGCGGCUGCAAAGGAGCAAUGGGGAGCAUUAGAUUGGGGCUCCCAGUUGUUCCUUUUGCAAGCAGGGUUUGCAAUGUAAAUCUGGAGUGGAAUGCAAGCUGCACCAUUUCCAAGCAGAGGCAUGGAAUGGUCCAUAAUUAUGAUUCUUGUUUUUAAUACUUUCAGGGAAACAUAACUAUUCUCCAAGUGCCUAACCUGUAAAAAGAAAGAGAAACUCGGAAAGAUGCCUUUAAGAACCACCAGAGCCUUAGGAUGUAAUUGUAGGUCUCUCAAACCCACCUCACAACCUCUAAUUUAAAAUCUCACUGUGGUGACAGAGCUUGCACUAAAUUGAAGAUCCUGCAAAGAAAAGACAGGGGUAUAGAUGUUUUAAAUUAAAUUUCACACAGGCGCCAGGCUAGCAGAAACACACAAAGCUGAAAUUAAGCUAAUGAUCGAGUUCAACCUGCGUCGCUUCCAUUUAAUCAGCUUGCGAGAGUGUGCAAUUUAGGAAGAGCACUUUUAAGCAAAUAAUUUGCAAUUCAGAUGCUUCGAAGUGGGGAAGGGAUGCAAGUUCAUUCCCUGCCUAUAAAAGGAACAAUGGCUCCGUCCACGGUACCUCUGCUAACCUACCACAGUGAAUUGUUAUUAGGUUAAAAUGUGGGGGGAAGCCAUGUAUGUCAUGUGAAGCUCCUUGAAGGAAGCAGGGGAUACAUAUGUAUCUCGCCUUUUUUUUAGCGAUAGACUACUACAGUGCACCCCAUGUGGGGCUUACCUUGAAGACUUUGCAAAAGCUACUGCUGCUGCCAGGUAAGAACAUGGGGCAGCAAGAGGGGCUCGUGUUUCACCUAUCCUUAAAGCACUGCAUGGGCUGCCUAUGAGCUAACUGCGCCCGAUUCAAGGGAUCGGCACAAAACCCCAAGUGGCUUGAUAUAAGCGUGGUACUUAAAAUUUAAGUGCCUUCCUCAGUUUCUGUCAGUUUAGGCUUUGAGAUGGCAAAGCUGUGCUUGUGGUCCUUUGGAGAGACGUGGGCCGUGGGGCCGUGAUGCAAAGCAGAGACUUCUUGGUGGUGUCUCCCUGGUUGAGGAAUUCCAUCCUGGUGGAAAAGUGGCUCACCACCACCACCACCACACAUGCUGUUAUCAUUCUUGAAAACUUAGAACAUAAGUUUCUACACGGCUGGACUGACUGCAGUUCAGCAGUCUAGGUCUGUUGAAUUGUAUUUCAUUGUUGAUAAGGGUUUUGUGGUUUUAUGCAUAUUUUAUUUUUAUGAUUAUUGUGCAGCACUUUGAGCUCCUACCCCCGGGGGGGGGGGGGAGUGGCUGAGGAACAAAGAACAAUAAAUAAUGAUCUUGUGAAUAAAUUAAAGGAGCGCAGUAAAGGAAUGGGGAAAGUCCUCUGCUGGCGUUAAAGAGCAAGAGGCUGCAUGUGUGACUGUGGUUAGAACAUCAAAACUAGGACCGAGGAGUCUUGGAUUCAAAUCUACACUCAGCCCUGCAGCUCAUCUGGUGAUCCUUGAGCUGUCACCUUCCCUCAUCCCAAGCUGCUUCAUUUGUUGUUGGGGUAGAAUGCACAGGGGGUGGGGGCAAAGAACAAUGGAGCCCUGAAGUCGGGGAGAAGAGGCACAGAAUAAAAAGGUAAUAUCCUCAAGCUGAGGUGAAGACGGAAGGAGGGAUCAUAACAGCUUGACAAAAGGCCACCUAAUGAGUUUGUAAUCGAACUACAAGUUGAAUAGAGCAUUUGUUUCCUCACACAUAGCAGUUAUGCUGUACCUGUAGCUCAUUCGCAAGAAUAAUACGCUACCAAUGUAGCUCCAGGGCAUCCUUGAGAUUGGUACUUUAAACAAAAAGAGUCAUUUGCAAGUAAAGCUGUUGCCCUUGUAUAGUUUCCUUCGGAAUCCAAGAGGUGAUGGGUCUAUCUUCCUUCCCCACACUAUGUUCUAUUUUUAAAUGGCGCCGCUUAAUUUUUAUUUUUAAGAUUCUGCUAUUUGUACGUCGAGCAAUUCUAGCCAUUGCAAAUAAAAACGUGUGGUGCCACAUUGUCUUAUUGAAA